AUGGCUUUGUUCUUUGCCUUCUCUGUUUUGCUUUCAUCUUUUUUGCUCUGUUUUUAUGGCAUCUCUGUCACUGCUCUCUUCUCCCUCUUUCCCUCUCCCUCUCUCCUCUACAGGUUGUUCAGUGUGGUUCUGGAGAUGAUAACCAAAGAUGCUGACUCUGGUGGCCAGUCUGGAGGCAAACCUGGGGGGUUUGAUGUCAAGGCCCUCCGAGCCUUUCGCGUGCUACGACCCCUUCGCCUUGUCUCUGGAGUUCCCAGUUUACAGGUGGUUUUAAACUCCAUUAUUAAAGCCAUGGUUCCCCUGCUUCACAUCGCUCUGCUGGUCCUCUUCGUCAUUAUCAUCUACGCCAUCAUCGGCCUGGAGCUCUUCAUUGGCAAAAUGCAUGCCACGUGCUACCUGAUACAAACAGGUGCCCUCGGAGAAGAAGAACCCACGCCGUGUGCAGUGUCGGGGCACGGCCGUCACUGCCUGCUUAAUGGUACAGUUUGCAGAGAGGGCUGGCAAGGCCCCAACAACGGCAUCACCAACUUUGACAAUUUUUUGUUUGCCAUGCUCACUGUGUUCCAGUGCAUCACCAUGGAGGGCUGGACCGACGUUCUUUACUGGAUGAAUGAUGCAAUGGGCUUUGAGCUGCCGUGGGUCUACUUUGUCAGUCUGGUCAUCUUUGGAUCCUUCUUUGUUCUCAACUUGGUGUUGGGUGUGUUGAGUGGAGAGUUUUCCAAAGAACGAGAGAAGGCCAAGGCUCGGGGAGAUUUCCAGAAGCUACGUGAGAAGCAGCAGUUAGAGGAAGACCUGAAGGGCUACCUGGACUGGAUCACCCAGGCCGAGGACAUCGACCCCGAGAAUGAGGAGGAGGGAGACGAGGAGGGCAAGCGUAACCCGAGCAUGCCCACUAGUGAGACAGAAUCGGUGAACACAGAGAAUCACACUGGAGUGGAGGACAAAUCACCCUGCUGUGGACCGCUGUGUCAAAAAAUUACUAAGUCAAAGUGCAGUCGACAGUGGCGACGGUGGAACCGCUUCUGUCGCAGGAAGUGUCGUGCAGCCGUGAAAUCUGUGACGUUUUAUUGGCUGGUCAUCAUCUUGGUGUUCCUCAACACUCUCACCAUCGCCUCUGAGCACUACAACCAGCCAGACUGGCUGACUGAAGUACAGGACGUAGCCAACAAAGUUCUCCUGGCAAUGUUCACCUUGGAGAUGCUAGUAAAGAUGUACAGUUUGGGGCUGCAGGCCUACUUUGUGUCCCUGUUUAACCGCUUUGACUGUUUUGUGGUGUGUGGAGGCAUCGUAGAGACCAUCCUGGUGGAGCUGGCCAUCAUGUCUCCCCUGGGCAUCUCUGUUUUCCGUUGCGUACGACUCCUUAGGAUCUUCAAGGUCACACGUCACUGGGCAUCUCUUAGUAACCUGGUGGCCUCUCUGCUCAACUCCAUGAAGUCCAUCGCCUCCCUGUUGCUGCUGCUCUUUCUCUUUAUCAUUAUUUUCUCCCUGCUUGGCAUGCAGCUUUUUGGGGGCAAGUUUAACUUUGAUGAGACUGUGACUAAAAGGAGCACAUUUGAUAACUUCCCCCAGGCCCUGCUCACUGUGUUCCAGAUCUUGACAGGAGAAGACUGGAAUACGGUGAUGUAUGACGGCAUCAUGGCGUACGGCGGUCCAUCCUCCUCUGGAAUGGUGGUCUGCAUUUACUUCAUCAUCCUCUUCAUCUGUGGAAACUACAUACUACUAAACGUCUUCUUGGCCAUUGCUGUUGACAACCUCGCAGAUGCUGAGAGCCUCAACACAGCACAGAAGGAGGAGGAAGAGGCCAAAAAGAGGAAGAAUAGUGCCAAGGAUGCAAGCACAGAUAAGAAGAGAGUUGAAAUAAUGGAAAGCAAGGAUGGAGAAACCAAGGUGCCAGCAGAGGUCUUGCUGGAGGAUGACAAAGACUUGUAUCCUGCCAUCAACUCUCCAGUGUGUGAUGAUGUUGAUGACAAUAAUGAUGACCUCCCAGAAGUCCCGUCAGGCCCCCGUCCUCAGAGGCUGUCUGAACUGAGCAUCAAAGAGAAGAUCCCGCCCAUCCCGAAGGGCAGCGCCUUCUUCAUCUUCAGCAGCACUAACCCGUUUCGUGUAUUCUGCCAUAAGCUCAUCAACCAUCAGAUCUUCACCAACCUCAUCCUGGUCUUCAUCAUGCUCAGCUCUGUCUCUCUGGCUGCUGAGGAUCCAAUACGCAACUUCUCUGCUCGCAAUAUCAUACUUGGUUAUUUUGACUAUGCUUUCACCGCAAUCUUUACUGUUGAGAUCCUGUUGAAGAUCCUAGGCUAUGCAGACUAUGUCUUCACUAGUAUGUUUACAUUUGAGAUCCUUAUUAAGAUGACAGCGUUUGGAGCGUUCCUUCAUAAAGGGGCGUUCUGUAGAAACUACUUCAACCUUUUAGACCUGCUGGUCGUUGGUGUGUCUCUGGUCUCCUUCGGCAUUCAGUCCUCUGCUAUCUCAGUGGUGAAAAUUCUUCGUGUUUUGAGAGUCCUCCGUCCACUCAGGGCCAUCAACAGAGCCAAGGGACUAAAGCACGUGGUCCAGUGUGUGUUUGUAGCCAUCAGGACCAUCGGCAACAUUAUGAUCGUCACUACGCUGCUGCAAUUCAUGUUUGCUUGCAUUGGAGUGCAGCUCUUCAAGGGGAAAUUUUAUCGCUGCACCGAUGAUGCAAAGUCCAGCCCAGAGGACUGCAAAGGUACCUACAUUCUCUACAACAACGGGGACACGGCACUGCCAAUGGUAAAGGAGAGGAUCUGGUACAACAGUGACUACAACUUUGACAAUGUCCUUAUGGCCAUGAUGGCUCUUUUUACCGUCUCUACCUUCGAAGGAUGGCCCACUCUACUGUACAAGGCCAUCGACUCUAACAAAGAGAACAUGGGUCCCAUCUACAACUACCGCAUCGAGAUCUCCAUCUUCUUCAUCAUCUACAUCAUCAUCAUCGCUUUCUUCAUGAUGAACAUCUUUGUCGGUUUUGUUAUCGUCACCUUUCAGGAACAGGGGGAGAAGGAGUACAAGAACUGCGAGCUGGACAAGAACCAGCGUCAGUGUGUGGAAUAUGCUCUUAAAGCUCGUCCUCUGCGGCGCUACAUCCCCAAAAACCCAUACCAGUACAAGUUCUGGUAUGUGGUCAACUCCACUGGCUUUGAGUACGUCAUGUUUGUCCUAAUCAUCCUCAACACCCUGUGUCUGGCCAUUCAGCACCAUGGUCAGUCUCAUCUUUUUAACUAUGCCAUGGACAUCCUCAACAUGGUCUUUACUGGGGUUUUCACUGUGGAGAUGAUCCUUAAGCUCAUCGCCUUCAAACCCAGAGGCUAUGUCGGGGACGCCUGGAACGUCUUCGAUGCUCUGGUGGUGAUUGGCAGUGUAGUCGACAUCAUACUCAGCCAGAACUAUUUUGCUGAUGCAUGGAACACAUUUGAUGCCUUAAUUGUUGUGGGUAGCGUGGUUGACAUUGCCAUCACUGAGAUCAAUUCGGCAGCCAUUCCUGUCGUCAAGGUGAUAGUGGAGCCAGGGAACACGGAGGACAGUGCUCGCAUCUCAAUAACCUUCUUCCGCCUGUUCAGAGUGAUGCGAUUGGUCAAACUGCUUAGCAGGGGGGAGGGCAUCAGGACUCUGCUGUGGACCUUCAUCAAGUCCUUCCAGGCUUUACCCUAUGUUGCUCUCCUCAUAGCCAUGCUGUUCUUCAUCUAUGCUGUAAUUGGAAUGCAGGUGUUUGGGAAAAUAGCCAUGGUAGACGGAACGCAAAUCAACCGCAACAACAACUUUCAAACCUUUCCUCAAGCUGUCCUGAUGCUCUUCAGGUGUGCCACAGGUGAGGCCUGGCAGGAGAUCAUGCUGGCCUGUCUGCCCGGGAAGCUGUGUGAUUCAGAGUCGGACUACAACCCUGGAGAGGAGAGAACCUGCGGCAGCGGCUUUGCCAUUAUCUACUUCAUCAGCUUCUACAUGCUCUGUGCUUUCUUGAUCAUCAACCUAUUUGUAGCUGUCAUCAUGGAUAACUUUGACUAUCUGACCCGUGAUUGGUCCAUCCUUGGGCCUCAUCACCUGGAUGAGUUUAAAAGGAUCUGGUCCGAAUACGACCCUGAAGCCAAGGGGAGAAUAAAACACCUCGAUGUAGUGACUCUGCUGAGGAGGAUCCAGCCUCCCCUGGGCUUCGGCAAGCUCUGCCCUCACAGAGUGGCCUGUAAGCGUCUGGUGGCAAUGAACAUGCCCCUGAACAGUGAUGGGACUGUCAUGUUUAAUGCCACCUUGUUUGCUCUGGUCCGCACUGCUCUAAAGAUAAAGACUGAGGGGAACCUGGAGCAAGCCAAUGAGGAGCUUAGAGCUGUGAUCAAGAAGAUCUGGAAGAGGACCAGCAUGAAGUUGCUGGACCAAGUGGUGCCCCCAGCAGGCGAUGACGAGGUAACAGUGGGGAAGUUCUAUGCCACCUUCCUGAUACAGGACUACUUCAGGAAGUUCAAGAGGCGCAAAGAGCAAGGUCUUGUGGGAAGGCGCUCGUGGGAGAGGCUGAACACCACCAUGGCUUUACAGGCCGGCCUGCGCACGCUGCAUGACAUUGGACCAGAGAUCCGUCGAGCCAUAUCAUGUGACCUGCAACAGGAGGGGCUAGUAGAUGCUAACGGGGAGGAGGAAGAGGAAAUCUACAGGCGUAAUGGCGGCCUUUUUGGGAACCACGUCAACCAUGUCAGUGUGGAUCAAGGCUACUCUCACCCGACCACCGUCACCCAACGGCCACUACAGAUCCUGCCCUCCUCCUGCAGUGCCUCAAUUGAACACACCCAGACAGGCAGGAGAGCCACCGACGAUGACAGAGGAGGGGAGACAGACAUGAACUCUUCACCCAUCCAAUACAAUCAUCACUACCACACACCUCAUUCCUAUAAUUAUCCUCACUGCAUUUCCACUUGCCAUCAAUCGCCAAUUCCCUCCAAUGCCAACCUCAACAAUGCCAACGUGCCCUCACUUCUUUCCAUGACCAAUGGGAGGCAGCAGAAGUGUUUGUUAAGGCGAGACCGUCCGUCCUCCACCAAAAUUGGAUCAUCAGUGUCCACAUACAGCAAAGGAGUCCACGACAAGCUUUGGAAGUCACACUCCACAAGGACGCGCUACUAUGAGGCCUACAUUAGGUCAGAAAGCAGUGGUGGACUCUACCCCACCAUUCGUCGAGAGGAGCCAGGGGGAGGGGACAGCGAUGAUGAGCGAGGGUCGGGAGAGUACUACAGCGGUGAAGAGUUUCACGAAGAUGACAUUAUGCUCACAAGGGACAGGUUGUCCAAUAAGGACCAGCAUGAUGCAGAGGGAGACUUUGACCUUAAGGUCUCCAGGGAUGACCACCAGUCUGAUGGUUACUAUGACGAUGACCAACAGCCAAUCUACCAAGAUGGCAGGCGCUCGCCUAGGAGAUGGUUUUUACCCUCACCUCAAGCCUCAAACAGGCCAACAUUCAGUUUUGAGUGUCUUCGUAGAAGAAGUAGUCAGGAUGAGGCCCCUGCCUCUCCAUCCUGCACAGCUCUUCCACUACACCUCGUGCAGCAACAGGUAAUGGCGGUAGCCGGUCUCGAUGCCAGCAGAAUUUACCACCUGUCUCCUGCACGGUCGCUUCGCUCCUGGGCCACACCACCUGCCUCGCCCAUCAGUCAUGACUGCUCGCCCUGCUACACACCACUCAUACAGGUGGACUGGCGCAGUUCUGGCAGCGUCGGCAGCAUCCCCACAGCAGUGAAGAGGAGUUCGUGGUAUACAGACGGUCUGGAAGGUCCUCCCAGCCGCAGCCACUCUCCGUCCCGUCUGCAGUUACCUGCAGAGAGCUGCCCACUCUUUCUGCAAAAGAGAGGCAGCGCCAACAGUCUGGUGGAGGCUGUGUUGAUCUCUGAGGGUCUUGGGAAAUAUGCCAGGGACCCCAAGUUUGUUUCAGCGACCAAACAUGAAAUCGCAGACGCCUGCGAGUUGACCAUUGAUGAGAUGGACAGUGCCGCCAGCAACCUGCUGAACGGCAGUAUGGAUAACAGCAACACUGGGCAAACGGGCAACGUCAGCACGGACCCACAUGCCACCGCGCAUCUUAGAGACCGCAGUAUCCGUGACUACAGCGACGAGGAGCCGUACGUGGCUGUGAAAUGCGAGGAGGACCUAACAGAUGAGAUGAUAUGCAUCACGUCGCUAUAGCAGCG